GGGGACAGGAGAGCAGGUAGCACAUACUUCCGGCUGGAGCUGCGGCUUCGGAGAAUAAAAACACAAGCUAAUAUGCUAACUAGCGAGCUUAAGUUGCCAGAAAGUUCUGUCAGUCCGUCACACGGUUAGGGAAGACAUCCCGGGGGAUGGACAGUCUGUCUCCAGACUUAACUUAACUUAUCUUAACUGUGAUAGUCGGACCUUUGACCGGAUGUUCGACUGAUGAAACUCAUUAAUCUCUGCUAGCUCCCGUUAGCAUCAAGUGAGGGACCAGCUGGCGUGGGCCGGUGACGUCACUGCCCAGCCGUCGACAUGCUCGAGACGCCCCCAGGAUACCCGUUUGAAGAGAUCGAUUAUGUCGACAUUGAAGUGGAGGAGGUGGUCGGCAGAGGAGCGUUUGGCGUGGUGUGCAAAGCCAAGUGGAAGGGCAAAGACGUGGCCAUUAAGACCAUCGAGAGCGAGUCGGAGCGGAAGGCCUUCAUCGUUGAGCUGCGGCAGCUCUCCCGAGUGAAUCACCCCAACAUCGUCAAGUUGUACGGUUCUUGCAAUUCUCCGGUAUGUCUGGUGAUGGAGUACGCAGAGGGCGGGUCCUUGUACAACGUGCUGCACGGCGCGGAGCCCCUCCCCUUCUACACGGCGUCCCACGCCAUGAGCUGGUGCUUCCAGUGCUCCCAGGGCGUGGCCUACCUGCACGGCAUGAAGCCCAAGGCCCUCAUCCACCGAGACCUCAAGCCCCCCAAUCUGCUGCUGGUGGCCGGCGGCACGGUGCUGAAGAUCUGUGACUUCGGGACGGCCUGCGACAUCCAGACCCACAUGACCAACAACAAGGGCAGCGCCGCCUGGAUGGCCCCCGAGGUGUUCGAAGGCAGUAACUACAGUGAGAAGUGUGACGUGUUCAGCUGGGGCAUUAUCCUGUGGGAGGUCAUCACGCGCAAGAAGCCCUUCGACGAGAUCGGAGGACCGGCCUUCAGGAUCAUGUGGGCCGUCCACAACGGCACGCGGCCGCCUCUCAUCAAGAACCUGCCCAAGCCCAUCGAGAGCCUGAUGACGCGCUGCUGGUCCAAGGACCCCACCCAGAGGCCCUCCAUGGAGGAGAUCGUCAAGAUCAUGACCCACCUCAUGAGGUACUUCCCCGGGUCAGAGGAGGCGCUGCAGUACCCCUACCAGUACUCAGACGACGGGCAGAGCAACUCUGCCACCAGCACAGGCUCCUGCAUGGACCUCACCUGCACCAGCAGCCGCAGCAACGCCAACCUGGAGCAGGGCGACUCCCAGGGCAGCAACGACACCAUCAAGAUCACCCCCCAGUUCCCCCCCCACUUCAAACCCAAGGGCGACCCGCUGCGCUCGCUCCCCCUGUCCAGAGGGGGCAGCGUGGAGAGCCUGUCGGCCCGCUCCCAGGGCCUCCUCUCCUCGGAGGGCAAGAGGAUGAGCACGGACCUGUCGGAGCUGGAGCCCAAGCUGCCCUUCACGCCCGCAGCACGCCCGCCCUAUAAGCGAGGUCACCGUAAGACCGCGUCCUACGGCACCAUUCUGGACGUUCCCAAGAUCGUCGUCACAGCCUCCUGCGACGCCCAGCGGCGCCGCUCCAUCCAGGACCUCCCCGGGAUCAUGUCUGACACCAGCCAGGGCAGCAGGAACAGCAGCAGGUCGUCCAGCCCCAGCGUGAGGAUGAUGCCGUCGGACCGGCCGGGCAGCAGGGGAUACUACUCCCCCGACGACCCAGACUCCAACGGUUCGGACAACUCCAUCCCCAUGGCAUAUCUCACCCUGGACUACCAGCUGCAGCCCCUGGCCCCCUGUCCGAACUCCAAGGAGUCCAUGGCGGUGUUCGAGCAGCACUGUAAGAUGGCCCAGGAGUACCUGAAGGUGCAGACGGAGAUCGCUCUGCUCAUCCAGAGGAAGAAGGAGCUGAUCGCGGAGCUGGACCAGGACGAGAAGGACCAGCAGACCACGUCGAGGCUGGUCCAGGAGCACAAGAAGCUGCUGGAGGAGAACCAGAGCCUGGCCACCUACUACCACAAGUGCAAGAAGCAGCUGGACCUCAUCCGCGUGCAGCAGCAGAAGAGACAGGGCACCUCCUGAUCCCGCCCCCAUGACCAGGCCCCGCCCCCAGUGACCACGCCCACCCCACCCCCCCCCCCCCCCCUGCACACGCACCAAGUGGAACACCUCAUCCUAAUCAGUGCUGGUUACCAGUAACUAGGAGUCAACCUGUUGGGUUGACCGGGGGUCUGACCCCCUGCACUUCCUUUAUGCCCCCCCCCCCCCUGCCCCCGGACAGGAAGUUGUUGCAUGCCGCCGCUGAAACGUGAUUGGACACCAGAUAAUGAGCAGUGGAGGAAAUUGGUGUCGUUUUAAUUUUAUUUACAAAGAUUAUUUUUAAUGAUCAAACAAAUCAACCCUACCCCCACCUCACCCCCACCCCACCUCACCCCCACCCCACCCCACCCCACCUCACCCUACCUGACCCUACCUGACCCCCACCAUACCUGACCCCCACCUGGUCCAUCCUGGGACCACCCCCCCCUGUUAAGCAGCUUUGUUCUGGAUGUGCCGAGCCCCCCCCCCCCAGUUCUGUCAGUACUCCUGGAGAGGGAGGGGGGAGGGAAAAGGGAGAGACGGUCCCCCUCCUCACCCCCUCAGACGGACCACGGAGACGUUUUAUUUUUGUUGUUGCGGUAGAAUAUAAAGGGGCGGGGCUGUGUUCACUGGGUUAACCAAUCAGAGGUGGCGUUGUUCACGGCUGUCUUUAUGGUCAGCCAAUGUGACGUGGUUAUGUUCACUGAUGUGCACUGGGUAACCAAUAAGGGUGGGUUAUAUCCACGGGUGUCUUUAGGAUCGACCAAUGAGGAAGGGUGAUAAUCACGGGUGUCUUUAGGAUCGACCAAUGAGGAAGGGUGAUAAUCACGGGUGUCUUUAGGAUCGACCAAUGAGGAAGGGUGAUAAUCACGGGUGUCUUUAGGAGCGACCAAUGAGGAAGGGUUACAAUCAUGGGGGUCUUCGGCCCGUCCGAGGAGGGGGUAUUGCCAGGGGGGUGAGGGGUGGGGGUGGGUCUGCACUGGUCCUGCCACCUGCUGGCCAAUCAGCAUGCGCUUCCUGAGCGAGCGGUCAUCAUGUUGGGAGCGUGAAGGCGCCGGCCUGUACUGUCAAUCCCAGCCGGCAAAGGGCUCUGUACUGUCAAUCCCAGCCGGCGCUGGGCCCUGUACCGUGGAUCCCAGGGCCGGGUCGUGGCGCUGGUGGCUGUGCGAUGGUUCUGGUUUUAUUGGGUAUCUAUUAGUUUUCUGCACAUCGUGACCGGCGGUUCUGACUGAAGGAUGUAUCACAGACCUGCCUUGGAGGUCCAGAGAGGACGACCUGGAUCCGGACUAGACCUCUACGCCCACCCCACCGCUGGGGGAGAGAGGGGAUGCGAUGGAUAUUAACUCCAACCCGCUUUUAAAGGUCCCACCCACGUUCUUUUAGAAGACGAAAUGUUUGAGCGUUGGAAGAAGUGGAAUAGCGUUUAUUGUGACUUCAGUAUUGUUUGGUCUGUCUUCUACUCUCUCGUCACCCUGUAGUGACAUGGUGAGGUGUACUUUAUGCAUUAGAGAAUGUUCCUCGUCCGAGGGGAGAAGGUGAGACACUAGGAAGUCUGGGAUGUACACCUGCUUCUGUUUUAGUUCACAUGUUGCCUUAGAACCUGCUUCUAAAGUGCUUGACAAUUCACCCAACACUUUGUCCCAAGUGAUGGCAGAGAAGGAAAGUGUAUAUGUAUAUCUAUAAUGUAUAUGAAUCAUGAGUUUGAUAAUGGCUGCCAGUAGAUUUUUACAUUCAGAAACUCGAUGAAGAUGUACUCUUAAAAAAGGCUAAUUGGAUGUGAUGUUAUAUAUAUUUUUUGAUAAUGUUGAUCUUAUGUUUUCUCUGUUCCUCCAGUCAUUUUGCACAGGCCCAGUGAUCAAACUCCACUUUGUUUUUUUCUUGUUUUUAGUAGCGCCCGUACUCUGAAAGAAAGCGCCAGACUUAACGAGUCUCGCUUUUUUUAAUUUUAUUUUUUAUCUUACGCUUUUAAUUUGGAGGAGGUGCUAGGAUCCUUCUGAGUUUCCUGUCCGCAUCUGAGGUGUAGCUCGUCAGCAGGGCGCCCGUAGGCCUGGGAUGUUCCUGGCGUUAGGGAAAUAAAACGGAAGGUGGAAACGCACACGAGUGGAGCUCUGCAUUAUUCUCCGGUCUUCAACACUAUUCUCAAUAAAAAAAGAAUGUAAAUCAA